CUUCGACUCUACGCUCGUCUUCUGAGACCUCUAGCAUGCCCGUCAAUAUUAGGUCGCUUCCUACUCGUCCGCCUGUUGACGAAUCCGUUGCAGGACCCCUACCCAUGUCCGAUGAUUUCGCCGUAGCCCUUGGCCUCAAGGAAAGCUCUUUCGCCCAUAUACGGGAAUUUCAGGCCAACAUGACCGAGGAGGAACGCGUCCAGUACGUGUAUGGAAGGCUGUUGGUCCGCCUCAGGAUGGAACCGCAGGAACAACAAGAUGUCAUACUGAGCCGAUUUACAGCAAUCUGGCUGCUCAAGCUGCUGGAGCGAUGGCGCGCGUCCGAAGACCCAGGGUCUGUCUAUUCCUUGUUACUUCCUCACAUCUCGGACAACGUGUACUUCCAAGUCUUCCUUGCGUCCCGUCAUCCCGCCGCAAAAGAUAUGACCUUGCACUAUGCUCAGCGCCUUGCGAAAGCAACCUGGUCGAGGGUAGAAGAUAGUGACAUGGUGUUCGACGCAUGUCAGCAUCUCUCGACCAUGCUGGUAUACGAGGACUCGGACACGGUCUUGCCCCGCGAGCUUACGGAUGUCCUCAUCGACAAGAUAAGCGCAUGGCAAAUCGCAUACGCUCAUCUCCCGAACAUGGCGCCCCUUCCCCGAGCUAUUGGUCUGCUCAAACGUCAAGUCAGCUGGGUUCGUGAAGGGCGGAAGGUCAAGGAGCAUAUGGAGCGUGUACUGAUGGCGUGCAACAAACCUGGCUGCACUGUCCCAUACGUUCCGGGUACGGACACACUCCAGCAGUGUUCAGGAUGCAAGACAGCUCGAUAUUGUUCUCCGGAGCAUCAACGACAGCACUGGAAAACGCACAAGCUGUUUUGUUUCCGACCAGCCUGGACGGAAGAUUGAGAUGACUGGUGUGGGCAUGGUCUAAUACGUUGUAACUAUUGUACAUAGUGCGAUAUCUGCUGAGCCCAAUAGCCAGCUGGUCCAGAAAUGUUACAAUGAAACCAUGAGUGG